CUUGCUCUGCUGUUCCCCAACAAGAGACUUAAUGGUCUGAAAACCAAAAGGGCAGAAACCUACUUGUGACAAUCUAUCAUCUAAUGUUUCAAAGUGAACAGAAGAAAUUUCAACUGAGAAUCGUCAUGCAAUGCAGUUCUGCUCAAAUUCUGCUCAAAUUCUCAUCUCCUCAAAUCACGUAAGGGUUCAGCUUCAAACGUCAGUGCUACACACAAACUGCUACCCACAAUGAUACUUGUAGCUACAAUGCUGUUUAUUCCACGUGCAUUCCAACACUGAAAGGGCUUAAAGAGAAAACCAGAAAAUGUUCCCUUUCUAUUUGUGCUUUGCUCUUCUGUGAAUGGGAAAAUUAUCUUUUUCGGUUUCGUUUCGUGACACAGCAGGAGAGGGGCCCCUUGGAGGGUUUAUUUACACUCACAGCAGUGACGGCUCAGGUGAUUUCUUUAACCUGCUGCUUUGUGAAGUGUUUCUAUCAAUGGGAAUCAUGUAAUUAUUUCAGAAAGAAAGAAUCCAGGGCUACAGACUAUACAAACAUGGACAGAAAAAUGUAAAUGCUCUGUCAAGCACUUCAGAAUAUGUUGGUGCUAUAUUAAUAUCACACAAUCAUUUACAUGAGACCAGAAUGCUGUUGUUUCAAAGACGUCACUGCAAAUGAAAGGCACUGAAUAAAAUACAUAGGUCAGUAAGGAAAUUUCCAUGUAGGAUAUUGGAUGUCACAAACUCCUUCCCGGGGGCCCUUGUAGUUUCUUUUCAGCUUUAGGAAGAAGGAAAUCAAACAAGGUAGAAGAUCCUAUAAAUGCCACAAAGGCAGAAGGAAGGCUGAGAGAGCUGAAAGAGAGCAUCACAUACGGACGGACGGAGAAAAACAGCAAAACAAAUGGAACUGCAUGACUACCAGUGGGAGGUGAUUGCCCCAGCUUUACAGGGCAAGAACAUAAUAAUCUGGCUUCCAACUGGUGCUGGCAAGACAAGGGCGGCACUGUAUGUGGCAAUGAGGCACCUGGAGAUGAAGCAAAAUACAAAAGUGGUUCUUAUAGUUAACAAGGUCCAUCUUGUAGAUCAGCACUAUAGCAAUGAGUUUCAUCCCCAUCUCAAAGACAAGCACAAGGUUGUUGCCAUCAGCGGGGACACUGAGCACAAAUGCUUCUUUGCACAACUUGUGCAGAAUAAUGAUGUCAUCAUCUGUACAGCCCAAAUUUUGCACAAUGCGCUGAGCAGUACCAGUGAGGAAAUGCACAUAGAGCUGACAGAUUUCACCUUGUUGAUCAUUGAUGAGUGCCACCACACGCACAAAGAUGGGGUUUAUAAUAAACUAAUGGAAGGUUAUCUUGAGAGAAAAAUUCAUCAGAAGGGUAAAUUGCCUCAAAUCCUGGGACUCACAGCUUCCCCUGGCACAGGGCGAGCAACCUCCUUUGAAAAAGCCGUAGAACACAUAUUACAGAUCUGUGCUAACCUUGAUACUUGGAGAAUAAUGUCAGCAGAAGUCCACCGUGAAGACCUGGAAGCCAAAGCCAAACAACCCAAUAAGCAGUAUGAUCUUGUAACAGAAAGGCCUAGGGACCCCUUUGGAGACAAGCUGAAGGAGAUCAUGAAAACCAUCCAUGAGUAUCUGCGUAUAGAAGAUUUCUGUGAAAGUGACUAUGGAACUCAGACGUAUGAGCAGAAAGUGGUUGAACUGGAGAAAGAAGGAGCUGUGGAGGCCAACAGGAUGAAGCAGACGUGUGCCUUGCACUUACGCAAGUACAACGAUUCCCUACUCGUACAUGACACAGUGAGAAUGAUGGACGCGUAUGAACUUCUGGAUAACUUCUACCAGACAGAGAAAGUCAUUAGAAAACAAAACGACCCAACUGAUGCUUUCCUCAUCCAAUUAUUUGACAGUAACCAAGCAAGGCUGUUAGAGCUGGCCGAAGACAUAAGAUUUGAAAACCCCAAGCUUACAAAGCUAGAAGAAAUAUUGGAAGAUCAAUUCCAGAUCUCCUCUGGCUCACGUGGGAUCAUCUUUACUCGCACACGGCAGAGUACUCACUCUCUGCACAAGUGGAUUUCUAGCAAACAUUCUUUCCAGAUCAUGGGAGUAAAAACAGCACCUUUAACUGGAGCAGGGUACAGCAACCAGAGCAAGCACAUGACACAGAAUGAACAACGUGAAACUAUUGAGAUGUUCCGCAAAGGGCAGCUCAACCUGCUUAUCUCUACUAGUGUUGCUGAAGAGGGCCUCGAUAUCCCACAGUGCAAUAUUGUUGUGCGUUAUGGCCUAAUGACCAAUGAGAUUGCCAUGGUCCAGGCCAGGGGAAGAGCAAGGCGUGAGGACAGCUGCUAUUCUUUUCUGGCAAAAAUGGGUGGAAAAGAGGUUCGAAGGGAAGAAACCAAUGAGACUCUUGAGGGUCUAAUGAAAAGGGCCAUUGAGGCUGUGCAAAGAAUGCCAGAACAAGAGUAUGAGAAAAAGAAAGAAGAGCUGCAGAAGGAGUCUCUUAUCACACGCAAGGCUAAGCAAGCAAAGAUAGAUGAAAAAAAGAAUAAAUUCUACCCUGAGCAAGUGCGAGUCUACUGUAGGUACUGUAGUCAAGCUGUUGCCCAUGGAGAUGAUUUUCGUACAAUUAAAGGAGUCCAUCAUGUCAACAUCAACCCUGAUUUUCGUGUAUACUAUGAAGUCUGCUCUCCGCCUAUUGACUUUGGAAAAAAGAUGGUGGACUGGAUUCCAGGAGGAAAUAUCAGAUGUCACUGUGGACAGGAAUGGGGUUUUGAAAUGAUUUACAAACAUGUGAAUUUUCCUUCUGUCUCCAUCGACAACUUUGUGGUUGAAACACCAGAGAGCAAGAGACACUACGGUCAGUGGAAGAAAGUUCCUUUCCCAGUGGGCGAGUUGAACUACAGUCUGUACAUAGAGAUGCACCCUGAACUGCUUCUGUUAGAUGACUGAGACCUCAAACACCUUUCCUCUUCUUGAGAACCUGAGCAAAUAGGGGACUUAAGCCAGUCAAACCAUUUGGUAGGGUCUUCUAUUUCCAUUACUAUUAUUAAAGGAAAACUAUACCCCCAAAAUGAAUACUUAAGCAACAGAUAGUUUAUAUCAAAUUGAAUGACAU